AUGUGUGAAGAGAGCUUAUGUGAGAAGAUUGUGCCACUGAUCUCCAAAAAAAGAAGAUCUGAUGAAGACAAUGAUGCUCUCUCUGGUUUGACAAAGAAGUUUCCUAAAGUUAUAAAGUCAUUUUCUCACAAUGAUCUCUACAAGAUCACUGAGUACUACAAGCCCUACCUGGCAUAUGUGAUUGACUACGACAUCACGAGUAUCCUGCAGAACCUGGCCACCAAGAACAUCCUCACUAAUGACGAGGCCAAGAGAGUCAAAGAAAAAGAAGAGUGUGAGGGGAGAGCAGGUGUGGAGUCCUUCAUCAGUGACAUAAUGAACAUGGACAGAGGUAUGCUGGUCAACCUGUGGGAGGCAUUGGCUGAAGAACGUGUCAGAUUUCCGUCACCAAACCUGACACGAAUAUUGAAGGAGGUGACAGAGGGAGGACCAAACAUUUUGUUGGAUAUUCAGGCCAGUCUCCAGCCCCCUCCCAUUAAGGCUAAUAUUAAAGACCUUUAUGAAACACACAGGGGUGAUGUGUCUGAAUCCACAAGAACUCUGGAGGAUCAGGCUUCUCCUGAUGACCCAAACACAAGAGACGUGGGCUUUGAGACUCGAUACACAGACUUGAUGAUCAUUGGUCAGUACAAAAGGACCUACGAUGAGAGGCACCAUGAACUUGUGAAGAUGGGGAAGACUCAUGCAGAGCUGAUGGAGGAUUGGACAAAAGAGAAAUGUGAACUUAUCUGGAUGGAGCAGCUUUUUAGAAGGAGUCCAGGAAAUCAGACUGCUCCCUGUACUGUAGUGGUCAGUGGAGUGGCUGGAAUGGGAAAGUCCACCAUGGUCCAGAAGAUCAUGUUUGACUGGGCCAGAGGCACUCAGUACCAGAGGUUUUCAUUUGUGUUUCUGUUUAAAUUCAGGGAGCUCAACCUCCUCGACACAGAGACAGAACCCCAGAUGCCUCUAACCAGGCUGAUUGUAAGGCACUAUAAAUAUCUCAGUGACCCAAGACUAAGAGAAAUCUUGCAGAAACCUGAAUCUCUACUCUUUAUAUUUGAUGGUCUUGAUGAAUACAAACACAAACUGGACUUCAAACAGAGGCGGUUCUGCACAAACCCAAAUGACUUCUUUCCUGUCCACAACCUGGUCACCAGCCUGUUCAAUCAGACAUUACUGAAAGGCUGUACAGUCUUGAUCACAACCAGACCAACUGCCCUGGAGACCCUGGACAUGGAGAGAGUUGAUCGAUUUUUGGAAAUCUUGGGGUUCUUCCCUGAACAAAGGCUGAUGUACUUUAAAAAGUUCUUUGGUGAUGAUGCUCUAAGUGAUGAGGCUUUUAAGUACGUGGAGGAGAAUACAAUUCUGUACACCAUGUGUUUCAAUCCCUCGUACUGCUGGAUUAUCUGCUCUGUGCUGAACAGCCACUUCAUGACACCUGAAGGAGAACGAGGAGCUGCCCCCACGACCAUAACUGAGCUCUUUGUGAUGUUUCUUCACAACAUCCUGACCAAACACAAGCGACAAGCUGAAGACCAGCAGGGAAUCCUGAUAAAACUAGGAAAGAUGGCUUAUUAUGGAGUGGCCAACAGAAAUCUUGUGUUUUAUGACAAGUUUGAGAUGUCCACCUUUGGUCUACAGCCGGUCCUGCCCUCUCCAUUCCUCUCAGGGUUCCUUAAAGAAAUCCCUCAGAGAGAAAGCACUCUGGAGCAUUUGACGUACACAUUCUAUCACCUCACCCUGCAGCACUUCAUGGCUGCUUUAUCAUUUUUGCUUGAUCCAUCAGGGGGCAUCGAGGAGCUACUUGUGAAGCUGGACUCAUGUAAAGAUGGGAGGUUUGAGAUUCUCACUCGAUUCCUGGCAGGAUUGGCCAGGCCUUCUGUGUUUAAAACACUAGGGGGAGUCCUGGGAGAGUUUGAGAGGAAGAAGGCAAAGCAAAUACUGGAGUGGGUGAAGCAGAAAGCUGAACAGGCGCUACAGGAUAAAGAUAAAAGUGAAGCUCUGCGAGUGUGUCAGUGGCUCUAUGAGACUCAGAAUAAGAAAUUAAUAAGAGAUGCCAUUGGGAAAAAUUUAAAGAUGAACGUUAGUGACAUGACUUUAUCUCCUCUGGACUGUGCUGUGCUGGGCUCUGUCAUUAGCUGCUGUGGAGAACUUGAGGAGCUCAACCUGUCAAACACACCACUGACCUCAGAGUGCAUCAGGAGACUGGCGCCAGGGCUCAUCUGCUGCAGACGUGUCAAAGUUGCUGAUGAGAGAGCUGCUGUGUCUGUCUCUCUGUACCUCUGUCUUCAUUUCCUUUCUCUUCAUCUCCACAGUCUGACCUCAAGUCAACUCACCAUUGAAUGCUGCUUAGCUCUCUCCUCGGCUCUCUCUGCUGAACACUCACGACUGACCGAGCUGAAUCUGAGCUACAAUAAACUAGGCGAUUCAGGAGUGCUUGAGCUGUGUAAGGACCUGAGGGACCCAAACUGUAAAUUAGAGAAGCUGAGAAUAUCAGAGAUGUUAACUAUCAUUAACACUCAGUCACACUGUCUCCUCUUCUCUCUUUAUCUCUACAGUCUGGAAUCAUGUCUUCUCACCUCUGAAUGCUGCUCAGCUCUCUCCUUGGCUCUCUCUGCUCCACACUCACAACUGACUGAACUGCAGCUGAAUGACAAUAAACUGGGGGAUUUAGGAGUGGAUCAGCUGUCUGAGGGCCUAAGGAGUGAAAACUGUAAACUAAAGACACUGAGGCUAUCCUCCUGUGAUCUCACCUCGAUGUGUUGUUCAGAUCUCUCCUGUGCUCUCUCUUCACCACACUCACAACUGACAGAGCUGCAGCUGAAUUACAAUAAACUAGAGGAUUCAGGAGUGAAUCUGCUAUGUGAGGGGCUGAGGAGUGAAAACUGUAAACUAAAGACACUGAGCCUGAGGUCAUGUCAUCUCGCCUCAACAUGUUGUUCAGCUCUCUCCUCAGCUUUUUCUUCUCCACACUCACAGCUGACUGAACUGGAACUGAAUGGCAAUAACCUGCAGGAUUCAGGAGCAGCUGAGCUGUGUGAGGGGCUGAGGAACAUAAAUUGUAAACUUAAGAAACUGAGUCUUUAUCUCCACAGCCUAUCUGAAUGUCGUCUCGCCUCUGGAUGUUGCUCAGCAAUCUUGUCCGCUCUCUCUGCUCCCCACUCUCCAGUGGCUGAGCUGGAGCUGAGCUACAAUGAACUUUGUGAUUUAGGAGUGACUGCGCUGUGUGAUGGGCUGAAGAGUGAAAACUGUAAAUUAGAGAAACUGAGGCUGUCCUCAUGUUCUCUCACCUCCAGAUGUUGCUCAGCUCUCUCCUCAGCUCUCUCUGUUCCACACUCACAACUGACUGAACUGGAGAUGAAUGAGAUUUACCUGGAAGAUUCAGGAGUGACUGAGCUGUGUGAGGGACUGAGGAGCACUAACAGCAAAUUAGAGAAAUUGUGGAUAUACUCCUCAAAGAACAGUGAAAAUGUGAAAAGGUACCUUAAGUCACAACAGGAGGAGCUGUUCAGAUUAGGACGGCAGAUAGACAUCUUCGCAUGA